AAAUUCCUGAUCCUAAUGAAAAUGAAAGUUUACAUAAUGUUGUAAUGAAACAUAUGAUUCAUGGGCCAUGUGGAGAUUGGUGUCUGAUAAACGAUAAAUGUUCGAAACAUUUUCCAAAACCAUUUCGACCCGAGACAAUUAUGGAUGAAGAUGGUUAUCCACAAUAUUGUCGAAGAAAUAAUGGAUUGUUGUAUGAAAGACUUGGACGAUAUGUUGUUGAUAACCGAUAUGUUGUUCCAUUUAAUCCAAUGCUUUUACUUUUAUUUAAUAGCCAUAUUAAUGUUGAAAUAGUUUCGAGUAUACGGUCUGUAAAAUACUUGUAUAAAUAUAUUUAUAAAGGUCACGAUUCUGCGUCUGUAAUUAUUGGAGAAAAUAUAGAUAAAACGAUAAUUCAUGACGAAAUUCAAGAUUUUAUCGAAGCUCGUUAUGUCGGGCCCGUGGAAGCUUGUUGGCGUAUUUUAAGCAAACCUUUGCAAGAGAAAAGUCACGCUAUAUUUCGUUUACCGAUUCAUUUACCAAACGAACAUAGUGUAAUAAUCGAUAAUAUUAUUAAUAAUGAUGGAAUAAGAUCUGCCGUAGAACGAGUAACAAUGUUGUUUAAUUAUUUUGAGUUAAAUGCUCGAGAUGAGAAAGCGAAACAAUAUUUAUAUACUGAUAUUCCAUCUCAUUAUGUAUUUAAAAAAGUUACAAUUAACGGCAGAACCAUUAAUCGCUGGGAGAAACGUCAAAGAUAUUUUAAUUGUAUCGGUCGUAUGUAUUCCGUCAGCCCGUCUCACAAUCAGAUAGAAUUGUUUCAUUUACGUAUACUUUUACUACAUGUUAGAGGAGCUACGUGUUUUCAAGAAUUAAGAACAGUUAAUAACGAGAUACAUCAAACUUUUACCGCUGCAUGUUUAGCAUUAGGACUCAUAGAAGAUGAUGAAGAAUGGUAUCGUGCAAUGAACGAAGCAAAAGUUUGGAUGAUGCCAAAACGAUUUCGUAAUUUAUUCGUACGAAUUUUGAUUCAUUGUCAACCAGUUCAUCCGAAAAAGUUAUGGGACGAGUUUAAAAGAGAUAUGUCGGAAGAUUAUAUAAGACGAUAUGGAUCUACAAUGGGAAUAAAGAAGGUUUAUAAUUAUAUUGUUAAUUUGCUUUAA